GAGGACAUUUGAGAGAGAAAAAAAAAAAGAUAUUUUCGUGGAUGCGUGGUCUUAUAAAAUAGAAUCACAUGCGUUAUGUCGUGUAUUCAUUGUCAGCACAGCAGAGAAAGUAACUGUACUGAAGAAAAAUGCCGUGCCUCAACGUCACCACCAACGUCUCCCUCGACGGCGUUGACACCUCUUCCAUCCUCUCCGAAGCCACCGCCACCGUCGCCAACCUCAUCGGCAAACCCGAGGCUUAUGUGAUGAUUGUACUGAAGGGAUCAGUACCCAUGUCUUUUGGUGGGACUGAGCAGCCAACAGCUUAUGGGGAAUUGAUUUCCAUUGGUGGUAUUAAUCCUACGACGAACAAGCAACUUAGUGCUGCAAUUUCUUCAAUUCUGGAAACCAAAUUAUCGGUCCCCAAGUCACGGUUCUACCUGAAAUUCUAUGACAGUGAGGGUUCCAACCUUGGAUGGAAUGGAACUACGUUCUGAAUUCUAUCUAUGUAAUUUGUUGUGAUGGUACCUUUACUGUUGGAAUGAGUCCUCUGUAUGUGUUUAUUAUAUCUAUCUAUGUAACGGAUCUACGUUCUGAAUUCUAUCUAUGUAAUUUGUUGUGGUGGUACGUUUACUGUUGGAAUGCGUCCUCUGUAUGUGUUUAUUAUGUCUAUGUUUGAUAUCUUAAUGUAAAAGUACUUGGAUUUCUGGUAGCCUAAGCAUGGAUAUCAUGCUGAUGUGAGUUGAUUAAUCCCAAUGAUAAAUGGGGAUCGUAUGUUGAUGUCACUUUUGUGACAAAAACUAUCUUCCGCCGCUUUAAAUGAUCGAUAUUUAUAUUGAUUAUGCAUUUUAUGAAUUAA